AUGGCAUUGAGGUGCGAAGCAGAGUGGCUGGUGCUUUCGUCUGUCGGUGGCACAUGUCAUCGCGAGCCUCGACGGCGACAGACCUCCAGGCACCGAGACGGCAGCCGGAGUAAGGCGGGCCACCUGCUUCUGGGUCCGUCGGUGUUGCGAGGCUCGUGGGCAGUGUCUCCCAAGUGUCUCAGGCUGCAUUGCUCGACUCGUCUCUUGCUGGGCGGUUGCCGUGCUCGAGCCUCGUCUACCGGCUUUCCCGCGGCGCUCUACUCGGACGCUGACCAGUUCACCCGUUCAUCGGCGGUCGACGCUCAUACUGCUGGUGCGGUCGUUUUCCGGAUUCCUCGGCCCCUCUGGCACAUACCUGUUCCACCGGCGGAUUGGCUAGGGCCUGGCGACUCCCUGGUCGGGUAA